GUUACCCACAAAUCAAGGUACAAAAUGUCAGCGCCCGUUAGAUCUAGAUUUUUUUUGGUAAAAAGUUUAACGGGAUUCUUUCUAUCGUCUGAAUUUUAGUGAAUAAAGGUUGAAGAGCUAACAAAUACUCCAGUAUAGAACUGUCGUUGUAUCAGAGCUGCAUAAUGGAACAGGACCAGACAGAAGGAUAUAACAAAGAAUACCUGCAGAGAGUAUAUCAGAGUUUGUUAAAAACUGGAAAUAACAUUUCAUUGGCCGAACUGAACACAGCAGAAACACCAUUGGAUAGCACUAGCCAAUCAAAUGUCUUGUCAGUUGCUAACCAAUCACAGAUCAGACAAACAGUGAAAAUUAUCCAAUCAAAUGGGACACCAAGAGGUGAAGCAUCAAAAGGAGGACAGUCUUCCAGCAGUUCAGGGCAUCCUGGUGUGGUCAGUCUGCUUCACAAGAAACAUGGGAAGGAAAGUAGCAUUAUGGGGUACAGAAAGAAACAGCCAAGCAGUCACAGAGGAAGAAAACAUCCUGGAGCAGUUGGCAGAGAUCCCUACUAUCAUAAGUGGAAAUAUCUGAAGAAAUAUGUUAAAAAUAUGAUAUUUAUGAAUGCAGCUAUCUGUGAUGAAGUGGUUAGACAGGAAGAGAAAGUUGCUAGAGCUCGAGAAGAAAGGAGGUUUCUUCUACGAAAAUUUCUUCACUACCAGACAGCAACUGAAACCCAGUCAUUAACUGGAAAGAUCUCUGCCACCUCCAUUUUGAAGAGUCCUGGAGGUGAAGAGUUACUAGCAGGGGGAGGUAAAUCAAAGGCAAAGAAGAAAAGUACUGCACAAACUGGGGAUAAAGCCAAGCAAACACGUGACAUGUUAGAAUCACUUGGAGUGAAAAGUAAGCCAAAAAAGAGUAAAAUUGCUGGAGGAAAGCAUAUUGUUCCUCCUAUACCUUUAGAUAAUGCAGGCAGGCCUAUGUUUCCCUUAGUGUUGGGAGAUCUCACAUUGUACAGUAUAGGUGAGAUUGUACCAGAUCGUCCUGGUUUCCACACAUCCAACAGUAUAUUUCCUGUAGGGUACUGCAGUACUAGAGUGUAUGCCAACAUCCAGAACCCUGACAGACAAUGCCUGUAUACAUGUAAAAUAACUGACGGAGGAAAUGGACCAAUGUUUGAGAUUGUACCGGAGGAUGACACAAAGACAUUCAAGAGUCGAUUUCUCUCAGAAUGCCACAGUCAGCUGUUACGUGCAUUAAAUCAGUCAAGGGGUAUGAAGCUGGUAGAAUCAACAGGAAAGGGUCCAGACUUCUUCGGUCUAUCUCACCCAGUUGUACAGAAUUUGAUACAGAGUUGUCCAGGGGCCAAGAAGUGCAAUGGUUACAAGUGGGUGAAAUUUGAAGUGAACAAAAAUCUCACCAUGGAGAGUAUGCCAGUCAUGUCUGAGGACCCAACAAUCAGUCACAUGGCUUUGAAGCUGAAAAUAGCAGGUGUUUUGGAACAGUCACCUUCGAAUCUGAGAACUCUCCUCUCGGGGUCUGUAAUUGAUAGCAGUUUACUGAACACCUGAGAUGUUCCCUCUCAGAACAAUUACAUGGAUAGUCAUUGCAGUGGUUAAUCUACAAAUGGACACCUGGUGUAAAACUGACAAAAAAAAAAACACAGAAUGCUGUAGUUAUAUGGCUGCAAAAAAAACUACAGUGUACAACAGUGAACUUGUCAGAAAUUAUCAACAGACCAUUUUAUCCACCCAAACUUUGAAGAACAGAAAUUAGUCUCAAUGUUAUACAAGAAUGCUGGAGUCUGGAGUAUACUUAAAACAAUACUUCUGACAAAUGUAGAGCAUUGAUGUAUAUGAAAUGCAAUAUAAAUACAGCCCUGUUUUGUUUUUUAUAUUUUCUCAAAUUGCUAAGGGUGACAGUGUUUUCUUAAUGCUUAGCCUUACAUUUUGAGAAAAAAAUUUCAAAUAAAAGCAAAUUAUAGAAAGAAAGGGUUGUUACACAUGAAAAUUAAACAGUAUAUAAAACAUGUAUAUUACUUUACAAAAUGAUUGUCAGUUUACUGAUACAGUUAUUACCCUAAGGGGUACUGAAUGUUUAAAGACUCUUCAGUUUUCACUCAGUUUUAUUAACGUUUCGGCCUUAUGGCCUUUAUCAAAAUGAUAAAUACUGAGCAGUUCUCUACAUCAUGGCGUCUUGCAAUAUAACAACAACCUAAAUACAAAACAGGAACUGACGUAAUGAUAUUAAACGUCGUCAAGUCCGGCUAAAAAUCUAAACACAUUUACUGUCCAUAGGGAAUGUCUGUGUAUAAAAGUACAUCUAAACACAUUUCCUGUCCAUAGGGAAUGUCUGUGUAUAAAAGUACAUAUUUAACUAGAAUUAUUUUCAGUAAAAAUUGCAGAAACGUUACGUCAGUUCCGGUUUUGUAUUUAAAUUGUUGUUAUAUUGUGAAACGCCAUGAUGUAGAGAAUUUCUUGGUAUUUAUCAUUUUGAUAAAGACCAUAAGGCUGAAACGUUAAUAAAACUGAGUGAAAACUAAAGAUAGUUUACUGAUAUAUACAUUGAACUCCGGAAAAGGACUGCAUAAAGGGGCCACACUUUCAUACAGUUCAACGCCUUUAAAAUCUUGCAGUUACUGAACUGAUCCUUACUUUUCAUGAAGAUCCAUCUAUCAAAAAUCCCUAUCUUUAACCAAAUUAAGGGGGAAAUCUCUGUUUUUAGCUCGACAAUUUGAAGAAUAGUAUAGCUAUUCUACUCACCCAGGCGUCAAUGUCGAACUUUGGUUAAAGUUUUGCAUAUAAGUACAUAUGGCUAUCAUUUAAAGGCAUAUAGCUUUGAAACUUAUUUCUUCUUUUUCUAGGUCAAUUACCAACCUCACUAGGUCAAGUCCCAUAACUCUGAUAUGUAUUUUGGCCAAAUUAUGCUCCCUUUUGGACUUAUAAAAUCCUGGUUAAAGUUUUGCGUGCAAGCACAGACACAUGUACAGCAUAUAGCUUUGAAACAUUUUUUUCUUUUUUUAGGUCAAUUACCAACCUCACUGGGUCAAGUCCCGUAACUUUGACAUGUAUUUUGGCCAAAUUAUGCCCCCUUUUUAGAUUUAGAAAAUCUUGGUUAAAGUUUUACAUGCAAGUUACUAUCGUCAAAACUAAUGCAGAUAUCGAAUUGAAACUUCACAUGUGUCUUUGGGGUUAUAAAACUAGGUGAUAGCAUCGAGUCCCAUAACUAUGACAUGCAUUUUGGCAAAUAAUGUCCCCUUUUGUACUAAGAAAAUCUUGAUUAACAUUUUGCUUGCAAGUUAUUAUCUCCAAAACUGAUGCAGAUACUGGGUUGAAUAUAGAUAUUUUAACAUUUAGAGUAAUAUUCCUGCUUCUGGGCAAACAAUUCGAAUAGUCGAGCAUUGGCUGUCUUACGGACAGCUUUUAUCAGAUCAAGAGAAAUAAUACUACAUGUGAGUGAAGGUCAUGUCAGAGCUAACUGAUAAUUAUUUAGAGUUUGGUGAUUCUAGGUAAAAUACUUUGAAUUAUUAACAUUUUCAACUCGUAUUCAGUAAAUUUUAAGUGAAUACCCCUAUGAACAGUAAUUAGUACUGCUCAAUUUGAAUGCUGGAUUAGUCCAUUUUAGAAUUUCAGCAGGGUAAAGGUUAACUCAUACAAUUCUGCAUACUUUUUCAGGGUUCGCACAGGCCUUGAAAAGUCCUUGAAUUCGAUGGUUGUCCUUGAAAAUGACAAAAACCUGGAAAAGUACUUGAAUUUUGAAAAAAACACUGCUUGAAAAUCACCUUAGACACCUUAAAAACUUCCUGUCAACAACUUUGCUUUGCAAAAAGAAAAAGGUUCAAAAUAAACCAGAGAAAAUGAAAAUUAAUUCUUGAAAACGCUGGAUCGGAUCACUAAUUGAUUUCCCCGUAUGCUAUGAUAGUGGUUUACGGCCGCAUUUUAUUGAGAUUUACACAGAGUGGUAUCGCUACUGUAUCACUGUUUCUACAUUUCCGUUUCCGUUUUAACUAACACGGUGAACAAUAAUUUGCAUUUUUUAAAUUUUUUUUUUUUGGUAUUUGCAAGUGAUUCCUGUGAAUUAAAAUGAGUAAGAAAAAUAAAUCUGUUUACUCAAAUAAGUGGGAGACUAAGGACGAAUAUAAACAGUGGCUGAAGCCAUUUAAAGCAGACAGAAAGAAGUGUAUUUGUAGUAAAUUGUACGUAUGUGACAAAAUUGUUGACGUAUCAUCAGUGGGAGUGAGUGUGCUUAAGAGCCAUGUGAAAAGCGUCAAACAUCAGCAAAAUGAUGAAUCACAUUUAAAUUCAAUCUUACAGUCCAGUUACGCCGUUUUAGUACCAAAACAUGGUAUUUCAAAAAGAAACUGAAUCUGUUGUUGAUGAAAAUAACAAUCACUCAUUUGUAAUACCAGCACCACCAGGUAUGAAACAGAGCAAUGAUACCCCUUAUAUGACCUUACUUUUGUGCUAACAGUGUUGUGACAAGUGAUGGUUGUUUUAUUUUUGCAUUACAUGAUGAACACAAUAAAAGUUGUUCAGA